AUGCUAAAAAGGAUCAUAAGCGCCAGAUACAUUCGAAACAUGUCUAGUGGAGCAUCAUUGGUAGAAAAAGCUAAGAAAAGUGCCGCAUACCAGGCGGUGGAUGAGAAUUUCCCGGAAGGAGCCAAGGUGGUUGGUGUGGGCUCAGGGUCGACGGUGAUUUAUGUUGCUGAAAGAAUAAGUCAAUUGAAGAACAAGGAGUCGUUUGUGUGCGUUCCUACGGGGUUCCAAUCGAAGCAAUUGAUCAUUGACGCCGGAUUGAGAUUGGGAACGAUUGAACAGUACCCUGAGGUGGACAUUGCGUUCGAUGGUGCGGAUGAGGUGGACACGGAGUUGAAUUUGAUCAAGGGGGGAGGUGCAUGUCUUUUCCAGGAGAAGUUGGUGGCUGCUGCUGCUAGUAAGUUUGUGAUUGUGGCCGAUUUCCGUAAGAGAUCACCCUCGAAGUUGGGUAUACAGUGGAGAAAGGGAGUACCUAUUGAGAUUGUGCCAUGUGCGUAUGCGAAGGUGUCCAAGGACUUGGAAGCCAUGGGUGCGAAGAAAGUUGAAUUGAGACAGGGGGGUUCAGCCAAGGCAGGGCCAGUAGUGACCGAUAACAAUAACUUUUUGAUUGAUGCUGAUUUCGGCGAGAUAGAAGAUCCUGCCAAAUUGCACACCGACAUCAAACAAUUGGUCGGGGUGGUGGAAACCGGGUUGUUUGUGCAAAUGGCCUACAAAACGUACUUUGGAGAGGAAUCUGGGGAAGUCAAGUGCUGGUCAAAGUAA